AUGAUCUGCUACAUUUUAUUUGUUUUGAAUAUUCUCGUUUCCGUCACCAAUGGAGCAACGGCGGCAUACGAUCCCACCGAAAUCUUCUUCAUCAAUUGCGGCGCUACCUACAACACAGUCGACGGUGGCCGAACUUGGACGUCGGAGGAGCACAAGCUUAUGGCGUCGAAUAUACUCAACGCAUCGUUCUCUUCAAAUGUUUUAUACAAAGACGUUGUGGAUUACCAGAUUCCGUACAUGGAAGCUCGGAUUUUCCAAUCUGAAUUCACCUACAGUGUUCCACUCUCUCCCGGCUUGAAAUUCCUCCGGUUAUACUUUUACCCGACCCGUUACAUAUCCGGUUUCGACGCCGUCAAUUCAUUCUUCUCCGUCACCGUCAACGGUUUCACUCUCUUGAAAAACUUCAGUCCCGAUUUAACCAUAAGGACUUCCAAAACCGGAAUCAAGUCAAACCUGAAAGUGCAUAUUCGUGAGUUUAUCGUUCCGGUUAACCAGUCUCUCAAUCUCACCUUCACGCCGUCUCCGAAUUCGGUAGCUUUCGUAAACGGCAUCGAGAUUGUUUCCAUGCCUGAUCGGUUUUAUUCAAAGGGAGGUUUUGACGACGUCAUCACAAACGUUGUUAGCACCGUUGACUUUGAAAUUGAUAACACAACGGCUUUCGAGACCAUUCACCGGUUAAACGUAGCCGGCCAAGACGUCAUUCUCAAGAUGAGUGAUUUUGACAGUAAUCUCGCUGGACCUAAUCCAAAUCCUACACCAAAAUCUGUAACGCAGGAUAUAAGAAAAGGCAAAGGCAAAUCACAUGUUGUGGUUAUAACACUCACAGUGAUUGGUCUCGCAAUUGGGCUGGUGACGUUCAUUGUUAUCCUCAAGUUGUUGAUGCGUCAGAUGAAGAGGAAGAAGAAUAGGAAGGAAAAUAGUGUCAUCAUGUUCAAGGUUUUAUUGAAACAAUACACUUACGCAGAAGUGAAGAGAAUUACAAAGUCAUUUUCACACAUUGUUGGGAAAGGAGGAUUUGGAACUGUCUAUGGAGGAAGCCUCUCUAACGAUCGUAAGGUUGCGGUAAAGGUAUUGAAGGAUUUGAAGGGAAAUGGUGAAGAUUUCAUCAACGAAGUUGCUAGCAUGAGCCAAACAUCUCAUGCAAACAUUGUAUCUCUUCUUGGUUUCUGCAAUGAAGGGUCCAAAAGAGCAAUUAUAUAUGAGUUUCUAGAGAAUGGGUCCUUGGAUCAGUUCAUCUCUAGAAAGAAGCCAUUGACUCUCGAUGUGACAACGCUAUAUGCCAUCGCGCUAGGCAUUGCUCGUGGAUUGGAGUACUUGCAUUACGGAUGCAAAACAAGAAUUGUGCAUUUGGACAUUAAACCUCAGAAUAUUCUGCUAGAUGGCAAUCUUUGUCCUAAAGUCUCAGACUUUGGCCUUGCUAAAUUAUGUGAAAAGAGAGAAAGCAUUAUGUCACUGAUAGAUGCAAGAGGAACUAUAGGUUACAUUGCACCUGAGGUGUUCUCAAGAAUGUAUGGCGGAAUCUCCCAUAAGUCAGAUGUGUACAGUUAUGGAAUGUUGGUCCUCGAGAUGAUCGGAGCAAGAAACAAAGAAAUAAUUGAAACCACAGCUUCCAACGCUAGCUCAACCUACUUUCCUGAUUGGGUCUAUAAGGAUCUUGAAAACGGACAACAACAAACGUGGAGACUUGGAGAUGAGAUAACUAAAGAGGAAAAAGAGAUUGCAAAAAAGAUGGUCUUGGUGAGUCUCUGGUGUAUUCAACCUUGCCCAACAGAUCGUCCAUCGAUGAACAAAGUCGUCGAGAUGAUAGAGGGAAGUCUGGAUGAUCUUGAAGUCCCCCCUAAGCCUUCUAUGCAUAUUUCCACAAGGUUUAUUCCUGAAUCUUCUUCACUUACUUCACUUUCUAAUGGCGAGGAAGAUGGGGAAAACUCAAACCUUUGA